AUCCAAUUUCAGUUGACCGCCGUUCGCGAGUUUAUUUUUUGAUGUUUUUGUUUAUUUUAAAAAUAUGGAAGAAAUUUAUGCAAAAGUGCCAUGUAGAGAGAACCAGUUGAAUAGUCUGUUAGAUCUUUUGGGCGAAGGCGAUGAACCGCUGCCGGUGUCAGUAUUUAUCAGCGGAAAUAUGGCUACCGGUAAAAGUUUGUGUGUAAACACAAUACUAGAACAUUUACGCUUCAAACACGUUAAUAUAGACUGUAUAGAGUGUUAUACGCCAAAAAUUAUGUACGAGGCUAUUCUCUCCGGUCUUCACGAUGACCAAGUGGAUAUGAAAUGCGAUUCUUUGUGGGAAUUAAUGAACAACCUAAACGCUUACAGCACUCAACAGUAUAGCUAUGAGCCUAUCGUUCUCGUGUUCGAUAGAGCAGAAAGAUUUCGUGCAAUGGAUCAAAAUAUAAUGUGCACGUUUAUAAGACUGCGCGAAUUCUGCAACCUAAACAUUUGCACUUUGUUCGUCACCCAUCUGAUAUACGAUAGCUUUCAUUUCAAAAUGGGCGUCCGAGAGCCUAUUAAAAUUUAUUUCCCAAACUAUAACAAAGAAGAACUGUUCAAAAUAAUAUUUAUACACCAGAAAGCGUUCGUGCGUCACUUGACGAACAAUCACGAAGUUGAUUGCGGAAUAAAAGAAGAUCUCGAGCGGCCAGAGUUGUUUGCAAACUUUCUUAAUGCAUUCUUGAGCGUGUUCUACCGACCGUGUCGGGAUCUAAUCGAAUUACAGCACAUGGCGAGAGUAAACUUCGUUAAGUAUUGUGAACCAAUCAUCAAGAACGAAAUUAAAUACAAUGACCUAUCCAAGCUGUGGCGUCACAUAGCACCCAUACUGAAAACGAGUUUAGAGUUACUCUACCUAAGAAUUAACACAUCAAAAUCCACUGCCCAGUCCCCUGCCAAAGAAAAUCAUGAGUGGAUUGAGCCACAGAGCUACAAUUUUGAGAAUACAUUAAAAGAAGAGUUAUUGUCCACAAAGACGUUUGCUCAAAGUUUUGAACUACCAUACUAUGCAAAGUUCCUUCUGAUCGCUGCUUAUCUAGCCAGUUACAACCCACCUAAAGAAGAUAAACGGUUAUUCAUGAAAAAUCAUGGAAAACAACGAAAAAGGUUGCAGCAAGUCAAAGCAAAGGCUAAAAUUAGUGAAAAACUAAAUACACAGCUCGGCCCUAAAAUAUUUACACUGGAUAGAUUGCUGGCAAUCUUUUAUGCUAUACUAGAAGAGAAAAUUGGAUUAACAAGUAAUUUAUUGGCUCAAAUAGCGACUCUGGUAGAAUUAAAGUUAAUUGCCGGCAGCAAGGAAAUUGAUUUAGAUGCAUCUAAAUAUAAGUGUAUAGUUGGUUAUGAUUUUAUUUCAGCUGUCGCUCAAACUGUUGGUUUUAAUGUUAGGAAAUAUUUAUAUGAUUUCAUGUAGAGAUUUCUUUAAGUUCUUACUAACUAUAAUGUAUUUAUUAAACAUUUUAACUUAU